AUGGAGACCCUUAUGAAUAGAGCAUGUAUUGAUAAAGAUGUGGAAGAUACAAUGGCUAGAUUUCUUGGUGGGUUAAACCGACAACUUGCUCAUCAAGUGGAUAGACACGUGUACUUUGAUAUGCAAGAAUUGUUACACCUUGCUGUCAAAAUCGAAGGGCAACUAGCUUGGGAGAAGGAGAACUCCAAGAGGUAUGGUAUUUCAAAGUCUACUACUUUCAACACUUGGAAACAUAAUGCAAAUAUUGAAAAGAUAGAUUUUAAAGUUGGAGGCAAGUAUGAUCUUGACAAAAAGAACAAAGUUGAGACCUCCAAGGGUAAAGAGAAAGCGGAGGAAUAUAAGGAGUUUUGA